GAUAAGUUGUACACACGCGCCUACGUGCGCGUUCGGACGGCGUAGUAACUGUGCGUUUCUUAUGCGGUUUAUUUGUUAACGAAUAUUUUGAUUUAUUGACAGAAAAACUCAGUUGAAAAUGGAAAACGAUAAAAGUACUAUGCUUGCAGUUUUGCAGCUACUCAGGAAAUAUAAUCUAAAGGGAACGGAAGAACUCUUUAAAAAAGAAGCAAAUCUAACAGAUAUCUCUCCAGAUGAAACUCAGCAAACUGAUUCUGAAGUGAACAGUGUUCUUUCUGCUUAUAAAAGUGAAGGAGAUCCUGCUCUUUAUGAAAAAGCAUAUAGCGAACUAAAAAAAUUUGUAGAAGGAUCUUUAGAUAUAUAUAAGCAUGAAUUGGGUACAAUUUUAUAUCCAGUUUUGGUACAUAUGUAUCUUGAAUUAGUUUAUAAUAAUCAUUCUGAAGAAGCAAGAAUAUUAUUGGAAAAAUUUGGUGGAAAUUUGGAAGAAUAUUAUCAAAAUGACUUGAAGAGAUUAUCUAAUGUAACAAAACGUGAACAAAUGGCUGGAAAUGAAUUAACUGAUACUUUUAAGUCAAAUCAGUUUAUAAUUAGAAUGUCAAGGGAUACUCUUUCUAUAUUGAAACGACAUUUACAAGAAAAAAAACAUAGUGUAUUAUUGAAUAUUAUACAAGAGCAUCUUUAUUUUGAUAUGUAUGAAGGAGUAGCUAGAAAUAAACAACAAAUAGAUGCUACAUCUGGUGCAGUAGUUGGUGAAGCAACAAGACAAGACAAUAAGGCCAAAGUUUAUUAUGGACUUUUAAAAGAACCAGACAUUCAAUGUAUGCCUCCAACUGAAGAAGAGGAAGAUGAUACAGGUGGUGUAGAUGGAGAUAAACCAAAAAAGAAAAAAACCAAAAAAGAUCCAUUAUUUUCAAAGAAAACUAAAUCAGAUCCAAAUGCUCCACCUGUUGGAAGAAUGCCUCUACCUAACUUGAAAGAUGCAGAUAAAUUGGAAAAAGUAAAAGCAUUGAGAGAAGCGUCGAAACGUGUUAUACUUGGUCCUGAUACAUUACCAUCUAUAUGCUUUUAUACAUUAUUGAAUGCAGUACAUACUGUGACAGCAGCUGAAGUAGCAGAAGAUUCAAGUUUACUGGCUAUUGGAUUCAGUGAUUCUUGUAUAAAGGUAUGGAGCUUAGUUCCACAAAAAUUAAGACUGAUGAAGACAGGGGAACAAUUACAAGAUAUAGACAGAGAAGCUGACGAUGUACUGGUAAGAAUGAUGGAUGAUCGUACAGCGGAAACGUCCAGAUCAUUAUUCGGACAUAAUGGUCCUAUAUACAAUUUAUCAUUCAGUCCAGAUAGGAAUCUUCUAUUAUCAUCUUCAGAAGAUAGUACAGUAAGAUUAUGGUCUUUACAUACAUGGACAUGUGUCGUAUGUUACAAGGGUCAUUUAUUCCCCGUCUGGUGUGUAAGAUUUUCACCUCAUGGUUAUUAUUUUGCAACUUCUUCUCACGAUAAAACCGCUCGACUUUGGGCAACUGAUUCUCAUCAACCGCUUCGUAUAUUUGCUGGCCACUACUCAGAUGUAGAUGUAGUGCAGUUUCAUCCAAAUUCAAACUACGUAGCAACCGGUUCCAGUGACAUGACAAAGGUCGAUUUCUGGCGUCGGCCGGUGCAGAUCAUCGUGUUUUAGUUUGGGAUUUAGCACAUGGUCAUCUUGUCGCAGCCUUAUCGAGUCAUUCUGGUACUAUUCAUUGUUUAUCUUUUAGCAGAGAUGGAAAUAUACUAGUUUCAGGUUAGUUAUAUUGGAUUAAUUUUUAUUUAUAUUAUGGAAGAAAAAAAUUAUAUAUCUUAUUUGUUAUUCUAGUUAUCUAAUCUAUUAUUUUUUUAGGUUCGUUAGAUUGUACGAUUAAAUUAUGGGAUUUCACGAAACUUGCAGAAGAAAUGAGUUUAGAAGAUGUGAACGUAUCGCACAAUCCAGAUGUAAAAACGAACGCAGAAACAUAUCUUCUUCGAACAUUCGCGACGAAAAGCACUCCCGUAUUGGCGUUGCAUUUCUCACGAAGAAAUUUACUCUUAGGUGUUGGAAUGUUCGAAUCAACAUAGCAAACAUAAUAAUGUUUAAACGAAUUCUAAUGAGAUAUGGUCUGGCAUCCAUUCAUCAUUGUUGUAAAAUAAGAACGUUUGUUAAUAAAUUUUUUCACA